AUGAACGAUCCAACAAGACUACAGCAUUUUUCACAAGUGUUUGGUUCGGACAUAAAAAACCACGACUAUUCACAUCAAAAUAACUUGAUACUUAAUGGUAACAGUUCCCUGAGGAAACCUAGUACCGAUUUCAAAACUCAUCAUACCAACUCUAGAACAAGAGCUCCAAGCUAUUCACAUCCAAGCCCCAAAAGAACUAAUAAUGAUACUACUGCUAGUCCCCCAAGAAUGAGCUCUCCUCAUAAGGUGGUGUACCAAUCUUCGCGAAUUUCUAUGAUCAACAAUUCUGGAAAGCUUAACGAACCGCAAGCACACUCUCAUCAACACCCUCCAGUACCAUUCCUACAACAGCAACAACAUCGUCUGAAGCUGCAGAAUUGGUUAGACUUUAUACCUCCGUUACCGGGUGAUGACAUUUCUUCAGAAAACCUUUCAUCCACUGACAAAAGGAAAUCAAAGCCCGCUCCUUCAUUAAUAGAGUUUCAAAAACAGGGGUUGGGACUUCCGAGUCAUUACAAACAGAUUGUUACACAAUCAGGGACAGAUUUACCAGCUGACAAUGAAACUUAUAACGGGGGAUUACUACCGGCUCAACAAGUUUCUAACAGUGACCCUUCAUUGAUAACUUCCAACAGAAAACCACGAAAGACCUGUGCCAAAUGCUCUAAUCCAAUUGCUGGCCAGUUUGUUAGAGCUAUGGGCAUGACUUACCACAUUGACUGUUUCAGAUGUACCGAGUGUAAUCAGCCAUGUUCAUCGAAAUUUUUCCCCUCAGAACAAGUCAUAAAUGGUGAGAAGAUCCAGGUACCAUUAUGUGAAUAUGAUUAUUUCAAGAAUUUAGACUUGAUUUGUUACAAUUGUAACCAAGCUUUAAGGGGUUCUUACAUUACGGCCAUUGGCCAUAAAUACCAUUUGGAACAUUUCACAUGUGUCAUUUGUAGUAAAGUGUUUGAGACUGACGAAAGUUUUUAUGAACAUGAUAAGGGGAUCUACUGUCAUUAUCAUUAUUCAAAGUUAUUUGCUAAACACUGUGAAAGUUGCAAUACUCCAAUUCUUAAACAAUUUAUUGAAGUUUUCAAAGGUGGUAGAUACCAACAAUGGCAUCCAGAAUGUUUCAUGUGCUAUAGAUUUUGGAAUGUUUUGAUAACUGUUGAUUGUUUGAAUCCUUCGCAGAUCGAAAUCGAUAACUUCAGUAUUGAUCUAUCAUUGAUAUCAAAAAUAUGGUCUACAUUAUCCACUUAUGAAGAGGAUGUUGCGUCGUAUAUCAUUGCAAUGUUGGAAUUUGGAAUUAAUGGUAAUCAAGCAGGAGGUUUGAAUAUUGCUGCUAAGCUAGUAUUGAAAGCAGAGUGCUUGUUUAAGGCGUUUGAUGCGAUCAAUGAUUUGCAAAUUGAAGACGUAUUGCAAAAAGUUAGAGAUGAAGAACAUAACAAAAUUACUAGUAUCGAUGGUGAACAGAAUUAUGUCCCGUUGAAAACAAAAUAUGUUGCACUACAAAACAAACCUAGAAAUUUCUCUGCAAAAUUGAUGUCAUAUUUGGCAUUCCUUAAGAAAAACUCUGCCAAUAGUGGAGGAGGAUUUGACAGUAGUGGAGUAGGGGUUUCGAAAAGAUUGAUCUCAAUAAUAACUGGGCUCGCUAAUUAUUUGAAAUUAAUCGUUACAUGUGGAUUAACUAACGUUUUAGAAUACAACAGAAUUGUCCAUAGUCAAGUUGCCACGGACAGAUUUUUGAAAGAAAUCAGUAAUCAUUCCAAUAUCACCAACAAAACUGAUGCGUUCCAAACUAUUUCGCCACUUGUUCCGGUCAGCUCAACCGACUCAUGUUUCCAUUGUAUGGAAACAAUUGAAGAACAAUGUGUGAGGUUCAACAAAGCAAAUAGUAUGAGAUGGCAUCUCAAUUGUCUAAAAUGUGGUAAUUGUAGGGAGCUAAUUAGUGAACGGAAUCUACAAAAUGCGGCGUUCAGUGUGAAUAGCAAUCGGGUAUUGUGUGCUUCUUGUACCGGCUAUUUAAAUGAUCCAAGUUGUCAAUAUGGGUUUGAAUAUGUCAGUAAAUUGAUGCAAAUCGUGUAUAUCAGUGAAAUCGCGUUGGUCCGAGUAAAAUAUGUCAUUGAGAAAAACUCUCAAAAUGAUAGAAAUAUUGAAAAACGCCCUAAUGAUACUAUCAACUCUGAAAUUGUCACUAAUAUCAAACGAAUGAAAUCUUCUCGUCAACAGGAACAGCAGCACAAUAAAUCAGCGGCUGGUGUUUUCAGAAAAUCUACAAUUCUCAAUGCCCCAUUGCCUAACACUGCAGGCAUGGCAAAUCAAGAUGAUAUCACUGAUAAUAAGAAAUCUUUGCAUUUAUACGACAAUUCAAAACUUGAAAUUCAGGAAGAUGAUGGUCCUGAUACGUCUGCUUCUGCUACAGUGGUCACUAAUCUUUUGAGAGGCGGUAGAUUGGCUCUCGAUGAUAUCCACAGAAUUGUAUCGGCCGAAGAGACUAGACAAUUACUUCCAAAUGCUUUCAAACAUGCCAGAAAUUUACCGCUUAACAAAGAGGAUAAUGCCGUCACCAAAUAUAUUGGCAAAACCACCGGUGGUAAUAGCAAGGUAGCUGGUUCCAAGCAAGCAAGUGCCCCAAGAAUCGGCAAGUAUUACUCUGAGUUGUCUACUGAGGAGCAUUUCAUCAUUCGACAUAUUUCGAUUAUUGCGUUAAUGAAGGUGGUUUCCGCAACCUUUACUGUGGAAAAGUUAUUAGAAUUGAUCCCUACUAGAAAGCAACAAACUUUCUGGACAAGAAUUAAAGGAUCUGGUAAAAAGUCAAAUUAUAAAGGUCCAAAAGUUUUUGGGGCCCCUCUAGAAGAGCUCACCGAGAAGUAUGGUACUGAUAGUGAAAAAGCUGUUGGGCCGAAAGUGGUUACAAUUCCCGCGUUUAUUGAGGAUUGUUUGGCUGCUUUACGCCAAAAAGACAUGUCCGUGGAAGGUAUUUUCCGUAAAAAUGGUAAUAUAAGACGAUUGAGAGAAUUGACUGAGGCCAUCAAUGAACACCCAGAAAAAUUGCCAGACUUUGACAAUGAAACUCAAAUUCAAUUAUCUGCCCUAAUGAAAAAAUUCCUUAGAGAAAUGCCUGAUCCAUUAUUUACAUUCAAACUCUAUGAAUUAUGGAUUGAAUCACAAAAGUAUGAUGAUACGAUUUUAAGAAAACGGAUUUUAAAGUUGGUCAUUUCAAUAUUACCUAAAUGCAAUAGAGAUCUACUUGAAGUUUUGUUUUCCUUCUUCAAUUGGGUGGCUUCUUUUUCUUAUAUUGAUGAGAAUACUGGAUCAAAGAUGAAUUCUCACAACUUGGCCACCGUUUUGGCGCCAAACGUCUUGUACAAGAAACCAACUAAUGAACCAGCCACCACUGCGGGCCAAAGUGGUGCAAGUAUUUUACGAGCUAAUACCGAGGCUGGUGAUGGGUACUUGUUGUCGAUUGAAGUUCUUAAUGUCUUGAUUGAUAACCAUGCGGAAUUUGCCACCGUUCCAAGCGACAUCAUGGAGGCUUAUAAUACUUUACUUAAGGAAGACCCGACCGUCGGUGCGUCCGGUGACAACAAUGGUAAAGGUGCUUUGACUUCGAAGGAAAUUAUCACCAAAAUUGAAACUAUGCUUGAGGCACACCCAGAUAUCUUGAAAAAUGACAGUGAUGCUGUUCCAGAUGAAAUGGAGGAAGCUGAUUCUACAGUCACCCCUACGGUCAUCCAAAAUAUGAAUCAACUCGAGGUUGGUAAGAACGCUGUGAUUGAUGCUCACGAUUAG